AUGCCAAAUCAUAUUUCCAAUAUCCCCAUGGAUGAAAAAUCACUUGCGUGCCUCUCCUUCAUUACAACCCUAGCAGCAAGCAAAGAUCCAGUCAUCAUAGGUCUCAGUGGUAUCCCUGGCAUCGGAAAGACCACGCUGGUAAAGCACCUGGCCCAGCAUCUCGAAGAAAAUUGGGGCCUAGAGACGCUUGUAUUUUCCAUCGAUGAUUUCUAUCUACCUUAUGAGCAACAGCGUGAGCUGGCGCGUGAUUACCCGCAGAAUAAACUCUUACAGUAUCGAGGAGAUCCAGGGACUCACGAUAUCCCCUUACUUACCGAGGUUCUCCAAACCUUAGCCGACGGGAAGGAGUGUUUCAUUCCCGCAUACGAUAAGAGUGCACAUCACGGGAGAGGUGAUCGAAUACCCGAAAACUUCUGGAAGCGGGUAAACCAGCCAGGCAAAAGAGUCAUACGCGUGGUUAUUUUCGAAGGAUGGUGUUUAGGCUACCGUGCCCUCUCCAAUACAGAGGUAGAGGAGAAGUGGAAAGGAUCAAGCCGGACGUUGAAGAAGCACGACCUCGAGCAUUUGCUCUUUGUAAAUGAGAAACUGCGCGAACUGGAAGUGGUCUACUGUUAUUUUGACGCUUUCAUUUACAUAGAUGCCAUGGAUCCGAACUGGGCAUACGAUUGGCGGGAAGAGAGCGAAAAUGUCUUGCGCCUCACGAAGGGCCCAGAGAGUGCUAUGAGUCAGGCACAGGUCGUGGAGUUUGUCGAUGGAUACUUUCCAGCCUACGAAUUGUAUGCAGAGAACCUGCGCAAGGGUGUCUUUCGCGAGUCCGAAGAUAAGGCCGAUAAGCAAUUGUGGCUUGAGGUGGGGGAAGAUCGGCAGGUAGUUAAGAUUACAAGGAUCUAA